AUGAAACGUCCUCGAAUGACCCGCGAUGCAGCACAAGGGCGACCAAAGAGUCCCGAACUAGACCGUCGCAUCUUCAGCAGUUCUCGGACAAUCGAUGCAAGAACGUAUAUGUCUAGAGGAGAGAUUUGGCAACAGCCACAUUAUCUGGAACACGAUCAGCGAAGGUCCCACAAGCAUGUGCGGUUCACAGAUGCCUUCUACCCCGAAAAGCGCGUACAAACACGCCGCCCACGUCUAGCCGAUUUUGAAGAUGAGAGGUCAAGAGCAAGUCCGGAUCCGCAGACUGGCGCCAAGCACAAGGAAAAGGUAGAGGAUAUCCGAGAACGCAUCGAUUCCCCCGGUUUCGGGUACAACGAAGAGUUAAAAACACCAGAGGAGAGGCUCAUGAAGUAUCGCGCGGAUGCACAAGUAUCGCAGUUGCAUCAGAAGCGUUAA